AUGGCGGAGGCCGAACCAGUACAUAAUAUGUGGCAUCCUCGAGAAGAAGCAUCGAUUACACUGCUGGUCCGCCAUCUCCCAGAGGCGAUUCCACCUGAGACCCUUCAUAGACUCUUCUCUCAUUUUGGCGCCUCUUCUGUUCGUCCCUCUUCUUUUGGAAGGGUAAAAAAUUGUGCUUUCGUUGAUUUCAGUAAUGAAAUAGCAGCUUCUCAAGCUCAAAAGCAGCUGCAUGGAUUACGGUUUCUUGGUAGAGUGUUGUCUGUUGAAAGAGCUAGUAAAGUAGCCGAGAACACUAAGCAUCAAGAAUGUGGGAAGGAGAUUAGGAAGGACUCUACUUCAAAAAUUAAAGACAGUUCAGUCCCAAGAGGUUCUAGUGAUAAUGAAAGAGCUGGUUAUAUUCAUGCUUCCCAACCCAUUGCUGGAAAACUUGGUGUUGAUUAUCCAUUUCCUCCCCACCUUGAAUAUGCAUACCCACCACCCGAUGGACACAUUCUAACCAACAUUGUUAAUGCUCUUAUCGCUGUUCCCCGCUUCUACACACAGGUUUUGCAUUUGAUGAACAAAAUGAAUAUUCCUGCUCCAUUUCGGAAAGCACUGCCUACACCACCUCUUCCAGUAUCAGUUCCUGCUCCUCCUCCGCCACCUCCCCCAUCAUCCUCAGAGACUAAGAUGGAUGAUUUAUAUAGUAGUGAGUCAGAAAUGGAGUCUUCUGAUGAGGAUGUCAGAAGAGUGGCUAGACCUAGUAGAAAGCGUGUCAAGAGACAAGUGAUUGUAGGCCCUGGUGUCGACAGCAACGUGGCUCAUGAGGCUGUUGGAUUGAAAGAAGUUGCAUUAGUUCCAAAAGAAAAGCCUAUAAUAAAAAAGAAGAACCCUGUACUGCAGAUAAGAAUAGCACCUAAGGAGAUUCAACUUCAACCUCAACCUCAAUUGAAUGAUGAUGAUGCAACUAAAGAACCACAAGAGCAUGGCACUUCUGGAGGUCAUCCUUAUGCAACCUUGGAGGAACUGACUAGCGGAAAAUUGCCACCUGAAGAAAUACUAUCGCUUCCUAGAUUUAAGAACUAUACUGCUGGGGAUCCGAGUCCGGUUUUGUAUGUUAAGAACUUGGCAAAAGAUGUGAUUGUUAGCGAUUUCUACUUUAUAUUUGGAUCAUUUUUUGGGAGCAUCGAUGCGGCCAAGUCUAGUCUUAGUAUUAAAUUAAUGCAGGAAGGAAGAAUGAGAGGCCAAGCUUUUCUUACAUUCCCAACUGUUGAACUUGCACGCAAUGCCUUGAAUGUUGUAAAUGGUUAUGUAUUUAAAGGCAAGCCGAUGGUCAUCCAAUUUGGCCGAAGCCAGGCAGCUGCUAAAGCCAACUAA